GCCUGAUUGGCGGCCCGCGGUAGCCUGAGCGGGGUCCCGAGGGGCUGGGGCAGGGACUGUCGGCGCCUCUUCCCCUCCCACCUCCUCCUUCCCUGGUCCUACUUGACCGGCACCCCCGCCACACAUGCCAGAUUGGUCCUGGUUGCGCUACAGCUACAUUACUCUGUGCAGAAUGCCAAAGUGGCUUUUGAUCCUGGUGGCCUAUGUGGUCCUUGGCUUGGUGCAUUCAGAGGAAGAUUCCAGGAAGAAGAAACAUGUGGAUCCUGAAGCAUACAUGAAUAUUAGUGAAAUUAUCUCCUACUGGGGCUUUCCCAGUGAGGAGUAUAAUGUUGUGACGGAUGAUGGCUACAUCCUGAACAUUAACCGAAUUCCACACGGCAGAAAGAAUGGAUGGGAUAAAGGUCCCCGGCAGGUGGUGUUUCUGCAGCAUGGUUUGCUUGCCGAUUCAAGUAACUGGGUCUCGAAUCUGGACAACAGCAGCCUGGGCUUCAUCCUGGCCGAUGCCGGUUAUGAUGUGUGGAUGGGGAACAGCCGAGGAAACACCUGGUCCUCCAAACACAAGACCCUCACCGUCGGCCAAGAUGAGUUUUGGGCUUUCAGCUUUGAUGAGAUGGCAAAACAUGACCUCCCUGCUGUGAUCGACUUUAUCCUGAGCAAGACUGGACAACAGCAAGUGUAUUAUGUUGGCCAUUCCCAAGGCACCACCAUGGCCUUCAUCGCCUUCUCAAGUUUGCCUCAGCUGGCCAAGAAGAUCAAGAUGUUUUUUGCCUUGGCUCCCGUCGCCACUGUCAAGUUCAGCAACAGCCCCAUGGCCAAGCUGGGAUUUUUCCCAGAUUUCUUAUUCAAGGACAUAUUUGGAAUGAAGCAGUUUCUCCCCGAAAAUUGGAUUUUGAAGUGGCUGGGGACCCAUGUAUGCCCCCACAUGAUUCUGAAGGAGCUCUGUGGGAAUCUCUUCUUUGUCCUCUGUGGCUUCAAUGAGCACAACCUGAACAUGUCUCGAGUGGACGUCUACAGUUCGCACAAUCCUGCCGGGACGUCUGUGCAGAACAUGUUACACUGGGGACAGGCUGUCAGAUCCGGGGAGUUUAAAGCCUAUGACUGGGGAAGCCGAGAUAAGAAUUACUUUCAUUAUAACCAGACUGAGCCUCCCCUCUAUCGAAUCAAGGACAUGUUGGUUCCAACAGCCGUUUGGAGUGGGAGUCGAGACUUUCUGGCUGACACCAAGGACAUGGGCCUCUUACUGACUCAGAUCACCAACCUCGUGUACCACAAGAACUUUCCGGAGUGGGAACACUUGGAUUUCAUCUGGGGUAUCGAUGCCCCAGUGAGACUCUAUAGUGAGAUCCUGGACCUGAUGAAGAAGUAUGAAUGAAACCUCCCAGGGCGGUCUCAGCUCAGACCAUUGGCUCAGGGCCAUGCCAGUCAUUCUGUUGUUUUCUCCAAUCAAUUUGUACUUUCCCAAAGCUUUUUGUACAAUAAGAUGGGGGGCCCAUUCUGACCCUGGCCUACCACACACCACUCGGUCUUGUCCCCAUGGCCUUUGAGCCUACCUGGGGGUGGCAAGGCACUGUCUCAGGAAAGAUAGCCUUCUUCAGAUCUCUCAGAGUCCUGGAACUUGAGAUCCAGAAGGGGUAUUAGAGCUCAUGGGGUCUGACUUCCCCCCAUUUUAAAGAUGGAGAAACUGAGGCUCAGAGAUGAAGCCAUCAAGUCAAAGCUCUUUGGGCAUUUUUAAACCCUCACAGACUGGGGUGAAGGUUUCCCAGCCGCCACACCUGGGUUAUUUAUUUGGACAGUUUAUAGACAGUCCCCAGGGAACAAAUUCUGCUAGAGCCUGAAACCUCUAAAUGCUCGUGUUUCUUGAUGAGUGCCUUGUGGCAACAAGGCCACUCUCACACUGGAGAAACUUAGGAGCUAAAAGCCACAUUUUAUUUUCCCCUAUGUUUGUAAGGAGGGGUAGUGGUUGCCUAACACUGAGCCUUGAGAUAUCUCUUUUCAGCCCAUUGCUGCUGGCUCUGCCCACCAAGCCAAACAGAACAGGUCUUGUCCCCUUUCAGUGCGAGAGCCUUCAAAGCUUAGAAACAGCUCCUAUUUCUUCACCACUCUCCUACACCGCCCCCCCCGUCCCCCAGGCUCCCAAAUCUUUUCUUUAUCAGGUUAAAAAUCCCCAGCUCUUUCAAGAGAGAGACAGCAUGACCUACUGGGUGCAGUGCUGGACUCUAAGUCCUUAAGACCUGGGUUCACAUCCCACCACUGAUUCUUACUAGUUGUGUGACCUUGGGAUGAUCACUUAACCUCUCUCUAUCUAAGUCAGUAGACUUGUAGACCUCUGAUCUUUAUUAGCUAUGUGAUGUAGGGCAGGUCACUUAACCGAAGAAUCUCAGUUUCCUCAUCUUUAAAAUUAGGGGAGUGACCUUGAAGGUCAGUUUACAUUCUAAAUCUGUGGGCCUUUUUGGUUUGGUUCCUGCCUUUUAAACAAACAAAUGGAUGGAAUGGUAGUGACCUCUCCACUAGGGGGAGUGUUUCUCCUGGCCAUAGGCAUUUCUGAUACCAUGGUUGGCAGAUGCCAGAAAUACUUCCUAGACAAGUGGUCUAGUGUCUGAGUAACUGGAGUGGCCUUGGGGUAAUGUAAAACUUAUUUGCUUGAUUAGUUUGAAGACUGAGACCACUGAGCUGUUUGUGCCUAAAAGCCUGGGGCUCUCUGCUGGUUCAGGGGCCCUGAAUGCUGUAAACAAGGUGCCCACAUUUCAUUGCUUAGGUGAAAUCCUGAGCAACAUACACCCCUCCUCAUUCCCCUUCCUGCUCCCCAAGAAGGGACCUCCUCCUGAUGUCUUGGAACUCAGUGCAGCUUGGAAACAGCCUCUGCUGGCUUUAGCUUUCCUUUUCCUUUCAAAAUGACCAUGGAAAUCUGCCUGCCCAAACUCAGGGGGUCCUAGCCUUUGAAUCUUUUCAUUUCAGCUGUAUGGAUGAUUUUAUUGCUUCUGAUUUACAAACAUUUGUGUGUAUGUGUGUUAUGGAUAACCAGAGCACAGGGGCUUUGAUACUGCUGACAUAAUUUCCUCCUCGAAUUAUAGACUUAACUAGAAUUCAGGGAUACUAGGUUAUGAUGAAAGUUGGGAGCACCCCCACAUGUGCAAAAGUUGUUUUAUUACUGGCAUGUUAAACUUGAAAAAAAAUGUGUCCAAUAAAACUGAAUGAUCUACAUAGUAA